UUAGACCUCGCGGAAAUGCAGCUAAGCAGUUGCCAAAGAGUUGUGCUUGUCCGAUUAAACAAAAUCAAGACGAUUCCCUGAGCUUCUCCACAUUUACAUGCUCAGCGCAACCUAAUCCACAGCUCUCGAAAACAGAAAAGGAUAAUAGAGCAUUUGUCUUCUUAUUCUUGAUAUUUUAUUAAUAUUAUUAGCCUAUUACUUUGAAUUUGCUAUCAUUAGUCUAUUAAAAAUUAUAAUAGUUAAUCUUAAACAUGUGAGAGACUAUGGCCCAUUUCUUAUUGCGCAGAUCGAAAUCAAUCAAUUGUACCUGUAUUAUUUACCACGGUGAUCGUUCACAACGUGCAGGCUCGUUAGCCUACAGACACACCUAUUUGGAGUCGCUAUCAUCCACAGGCGUUCGGUCUGUCCUCUUCUGGUUGUCAAUAUGACAGAUCAGUUCACAUGAUGUCCUAUGGACUUGUGUGUUUUGUAAAACUAGGAUAUGCAUGGAAAAUAAUGAUUUGACACCAUAAAAUCUCGUGCACCCGGAAACAGAUAUUUUUCAACAGUCUACUCAUCACCAGGCAGACUAAUUGAUAACUGCGCUAUCUCACUUGUUAUCAAAUAGAUCUGUUGCACAGCCGAGUUUCGAAGGUCGACGCGCUGUUAGUAAUCUGAAGUAAGUAUUUGUUAAAUUAGUGUCCGAGGUAUGUACAAUUUUGAUUUUUUAACCACUGGCCACUGGAUAAAAUCUAAAGGAAUCCGCGCGCUCGUCCGAGUCUUUUUCAGCACCAAGGACAGUUACUCAUGCGCGCCGCAGCUCCGAGGCGCGAAAACUUCAUCCACUCUCCGUCCUUGUCCUGCCUUCCUUCACCGUGAGUAUCCACGAAUUGUUUAUUCGGCAGAAUAACACGAGAUUUAUCAAAACCAUCACCAAGGAUAUGAAGUGCCUGACCUAAUCUGCGUAACCUAUCCGACUUGGAAUCGCUUUGAAGUGGGUUUCAUAGGACAGGCUGUACUCUCCAGAACCUUAAAGACGAUGCCAUUGAUGCAGGAGAUGGCCUCAACCAGGACAAAAACACUGGCGCUUUGAGAUCUGGUGCCGCCGUGCCGUGCUGCUCUGUUCCUUGCUAGCCUACUGUACCCUCCCCAGCUCCAGAGAGAACAGAGGGAACCAGAGGAAGAGAAACAACAGACAGCAGUGACCUGACUCACCCAGGGCCCAGGGCCAUGUCACCAGGGAGGUCCCCUGGGUUGGGGCUGCGCCCCCUGCCCGGACCCCUCCACCUCUCCCACCCCUGCCUGCUGUGUGUGUGUAUGUCCCUCCUGGCCCAGGCCCCACUGGGUCUCCCCAUGUCAGGCUUCAACACGGACACCAAGAGGGAGAUCACAGUGGACGGGGACCUGAUCAUAGGAGGGCUGUUCCCUGUGCACCAGAAGGGCGAGGGUGCAGAGGACUGUGGGAAGAUCAACGCUCAGAGAGGGAUCCAGAGAUUGGAGGCCAUGUUGUUAGCCCUGGACGAGAUCAACAAGGACGAGCGCCUGUUGCCGGGGAUACGGCUGGGAGCCCACAUUCUGGACACCUGCUCUAAGGACACCUACGCCCUGGAGCAGUCCCUGGAGUUUGUCCGUGCCUCCCUCACCAAGGUGGAUGACAGCGAGUACACCUGCCCUGACGGCUCCUACGCCAUCCAUGACGACGUCCCUCUGGCCAUCUCUGGGGUGAUAGGAGGCUCCUACAGCGACGUCUCCAUACAGGUGGCCAACCUCCUUCGUCUUUUCCAGAUUCCGCAGAUCAGCUACGCCUCCACCAGCGCCAAGCUCAGCGACAAGAGCCGCUACGACUACUUUGCCCGCACGGUGCCCCCUGACUUCUAUCAGGCCAAGGCCAUGGCAGAGAUCCUGCGCUACUUCAAUUGGACCUACGUGUCCACCGUGGCAUCGGAGGGUGACUACGGCGAGACGGGUAUCGAUGCCUUCCAGCAGGAGGCCCGCGCCAGCCAGAUCUGCAUCGCCACCUCAGCCAAGGUCAGCCGCUCGAUGAGCCGCUACAGCUACGACCAGGUGAUCCGCUCGCUGCAGCAGAAGUCCAACGCCAACGUGGUCAUCCUCUUCACGCGCAGCGAGGACGCUCGGGAGCUGCUGGUAGCCGCCAACCGCAUGAACGUGUCCUUCAUCUGGGUGGCCAGCGAUGGCUGGGGGAGACAGGAUAGCGUGGUGAGAGGCAGCGAGGCUGUGGCAGACGGGGCCUUCACCAUCGAGCUGGCCUCCUACCCCAUCCUUCAGUUUGCUGAGUACUUUACAGGACUGAACCCCUACAACAACACACGUAACCCCUGGUUCAGGGAGUUCUGGGAGAAUCGUUUCCAGUGUAACCUCCAUGACCUGGGCUGUGGGAAGCACUCUCUGCGCGAUGGCCUGUUCGAGCCGGAGUCUAAGAUCAUGUUUGUGGUGAAUGCUGUCUAUGCCAUGGCUCAUGCCCUGCACAACAUGAGGCAGACACUCUGCCCCAACUCCACCACCAAGGUCUGUGACGCGCUGAAGCCAGGCAACGGCAGGAGGUUCUACAGGGAGUAUAUUCUCAAGACAAAGUUUGACGCUCCAUUCCGUCCAGCAGACACAGAGAACAUGGUGAGGUUUGAUGCCUUUGGAGACAGCCUGGGCCGCUACAACAUCUUCCACUACCACAAAGAGGACGGGCGCUACGUCUACCGUAAGGUGGGCUACUGGGCCCAGAGUCUGACCCUCAACACCAGCCAGAUCCCCUGGGAGGGCCUUGCCAUACCCACCUCCCAGUGCAGCGACCCCUGCAGGAAGAACGAGGUGAAAAGCAUGCAGCCUGGAGACGUGUGCUGCUGGAUCUGCAUCCCCUGCCAGUCUUACCAGUACCUGAUGGAUGAGUUCACCUGCGCCGACUGCAAGUUCGGUGAAUGGCCCCUGGCAAACUUGACAGGCUGCUACAACCUGCCUGAGGAGUACAUCCGCUGGGAGGACGCCUGGGCUAUAGGCCCAGUUACCAUCUCCUGCCUGGGUAUGAUGUGUACACUCUUCAUUAUUGGCCUCUUCCUCAAGCACAACGACACCCCUGUGGUAAAGGCCAGUGGGCGGGAGCUGUCCUACAUCCUCCUGCUGGGUGUUCUGAUGUGCUACAGCAUGACUUUCAUCUAUAUCGCCAAGCCCUCCAUGGGUGUGUGUACCCUACGCCGACUAGGCCUGGGCACCUCCUUCGCUGUGUGCUACUCAGCGCUCCUCACCAAGACCAACCGCAUCGCACGCAUCUUCAGUGGGGUGAAGGACGGAGCCCAGCGGCCGAGGUUCAUCAGCCCAGCCUCCCAGGUGGCCAUCUGCGGGGGUCUGAUCUCCUGCCAACUGGUGGUGGUGGUGGUCUGGCUCCUGGUGGAGACCCCGGGGGUCAGGAAGGAGGUGAGCCCCGAGAGGAGGGACAUAGUUACCCUCAAGUGCAACAGCAAAGACUCCAGCAUGCUCAUGUCCCUCACCUAUAACUGCAUCCUCAUCAUCCUCUGCACCGUGUACGCCUUCAAGACCAGGAAGUGUCCAGAGAACUUCAACGAGGCCAAGUUCAUUGGGUUCACCAUGUACACCACCUGUAUCAUCUGGCUGGCCUUCCAGCCCAUCUUCUACGUCACGGCCAGCGACUACAGGGUGCAGACCACCACCAUGUGCAUCUCUGUCAGUCUGAGUGGCUCGGUGGUGCUGGGCUGCCUCUUUGCCCCUAAGACCCACAUCAUCCUGUUCCAGCCCCAGAAGAACGUCACCUCGCUCCGGGUGGCCACCACCCGCUUCGGCGUCACCACUGGCCCCGGAUCCAGCUUCUCUCAAGCUUCAGCCUCCAAUAUUGUACCAACGGUGUGUAACGGUCGAGAAGUGGUGGACUCCACGACUUCCUCCUUGUGAAGACUGACAGACUGAGCCUCAUGUUCCUCUGCUGCCAUUGUAUACAGUUCUAUAACCACUAGUCAAGAAUGAGUUGUUUCAGAUAUUAAAGAGGUCACACAGAAGAUUGUCCUGAUUUUGUUAUCCUCUAAGUGCUGUGAGUACAAUGUCCCGAUUCUGUUUUCAUUCUCUGACUAGUAGCGAUUUUAAAAAGAGAUGUCAAAGAUUCAGUAUUAUAGCCCUUCUUUUUAUUGAAGAUUUUACUUCAUUCAUGGAGUAAAUUAUAGUAAAUCUGUUAAAUGUAAUAUACACAAGAUGUUUUUAAUGUAGAUUUUGGUGAACCAGUUUGUGCUUUCUUGUAAUUUAUGUAAAUAAAACGUUGUUU